CUACAGCAGCGCAUAGCUCUCCGGCUGCGUAUCAGAGUCGAAGCUCAGCGCAGGCAGAGGGGAGCCGGGCGGCAUUAGCCCUUUAUUAACGAACCGCUUCCACCGCAGAGGUCGCCUAGUUACGAAAUGGCCGGCAGGCGGAAUCACGCCGAGGACCAGCUGAAGCAAUGGCAGGAUCAGCGAGGCUUUCAGAAACCAGAUGCCUUGACCACUGGAGCUGGGAUCCCAGUAGGCGAUAAACUUAACGUCAUGACAAUAGGGCCACGGGGCCCUCUUCUUGUUCAGGAUGUUGUUUUCACUGAUGAGAUGGCUCAUUUUGACAGAGAGAGGAUUCCUGAGAGAGUUGUGCAUGCCAAAGGAGCAGGAGCAUUUGGCUAUUUUGAAGUGACGCAUGAUAUCACCAAAUAUUGUAAGGCGAAGGUAUUUGAGCACAUUGGAAAAAGAACACCAAUAGCCAUUCGAUUCUCCACUGUCGCUGGAGAGUCUGGUUCAGCUGACACAGUUCGCGACCCUCGAGGCUUUGCAAUGAAAUUCUACACAGAAGAGGGUAUCUGGGAUCUUGUAGGCAACAACACUCCCAUCUUCUUUAUCCGUGAUGCCAUGCUGUUUCCAUCCUUUAUACAUAGCCAAAAGAGGAACCCUCAGACUCAUCUGAAGGAUCCAGAUAUGGUAUGGGACUUCUGGAGCCUUCGCCCUGAAUCUCUGCACCAGGUAUCUUUCUUGUUCAGUGAUCGUGGUAUUCCAGAUGGACACCGUCAUAUGAAUGGAUAUGGAUCCCAUACCUUUAAACUGAUUAAUGCUCAUGGCAAAGCUGUUUACUGCAAGUUUCAUGCUAAGACUGAUCAGGGCAUCAAAAACCUUUCUGUCGAAGAAGCAGGAAGAUUGGCUUCCACUGAUCCUGACUAUGGAUUGCGUGACCUUUACAAUGCCAUUGCCAAUGGAAACUGCCCAUCCUGGACUUUCUACAUUCAGGUUAUGACAUUUGAAGAAGCAGAGAAGUUCCCAUUUAAUCCUUUUGAUCUAACUAAGGUUUGGCCUCACAAAUGCUAUCCUCUAAUUCCUGUGGGAAAACUUGUCUUGAACAGGAACCCUGUCAAUUAUUUUGCAGAGGUAGAACAAAUAGCCUUUGAUCCAAGCAACAUGCCACCAGGCAUUGAACCUAGCCCUGAUAAAAUGUUACAGGGUCGUCUUUUUUCAUAUCCCGAUACUCACCGACACCGUUUAGGACCCAACUACCUACAAAUACCUGUGAAUUGUCCCUACAGGACCCGUGUGGCCAACUAUCAGAGAGAUGGACCUAUGUGUUUGUCUGACAACCAAGGUGGUGCCCCAAAUUAUUAUCCAAACAGUUUUACUGGUCCUGAAGAUCAGCCCAAUUUGAAGGAGAGCCACAUGUCUGUCACAUGUUGUGAUGUGCAGCGCUUCAAUAGUGCAAAUGAGGAUAAUGUGUCUCAGGUGAGAGUGUUCUAUACCAAAGUGCUGAAAGAAGAUGAACGCCAAAGACUGUGUGAGAACAUUGCUAGCCAUCUUAAAGACGCUCAACAUUUCAUCCAGAAGAAAGCUGUGAAAAAUUUCACUGAUGUUCAUCCUGAGUAUGGUGCCCGUAUUCAAGCUCUGCUGGACAAAUACAAUGCUGAAGCUGGCAAACAGGAUGUGAUUAGAACGUAUACACAAUCUACACGUCGCAUGUCUGCAAAGGAACGAUCUAACCUGUAAACUGUAUGCUACAUACAGUUGGUCCGUCCAUGGAUUUUACAUCCCCCUAACUGGAGAAUAAGCUGUCAAAGACAUUAACAAAUGUAGCAGAUGUCCGCACAAGCUAUAAAUGCCUUUCAGGCUUGAUGCAGUAAUAAAGUGUCUAAUUUUAUGUCUGCAAUCGAAAGUGAUUGACUAAUAAUUUAGUACUUUCUAACAGUAGUGCUCUAGGCUGGUAAUGAUUUUAUGCAGAUCUCUUUUUAAGGCUAAAAGUUAUUUUUGUUUAGUUUUGGAAAUUAAACUCAAUACUUAAAUGAAAAGAUUGUUUCAAUUGGUUUUUGAGGUAAGGACCCUAACUUCUGGCUAAACUACUGAAAACAACUUGUAUAAAUACUGUGAUUAUCAAUAUAAGUGAACUAAUAGGGUGUUCAAGUUGAUAGAACUUCACUUGAUGUUGUCAAAAAUAAAUUACCCAGUAUGUGUAAUGUGAGCAUUAUAGUUUAAAAGUAAAGGAACCCAUAUACAUACAGUAACUUUCUUUCUUAACUCUAGUUUCCUGCAGUACAAUGUAUCUGAAAGUAGUUAAUUCAUAUCCAGGUGGAAUAACAACUGAAGGCUAAAGUUGGUUUUGCUUACUUAUAAAAAUAUCGGGUUGGGUAUAUUUUAUGCAAGGAAGGUAUUAAUGGAAAAUAGUAAUUUUUGUUUCUAAUCAUUUACAGUUUAGAUUUUACAAUAAAAUUGCUUGCAGUUAAUCAAAUGUGGCUUUCUUUUUUUUUCUUUUUCUUUUUUUUUUUUAUAAGGCUAUAAGUAGUUGAAAUCCUUCUCUUAUUUAGCUCAAUAGAAGUUUUGCCAUUGAUGAAAACAGGAGCUGGAAGAAAUGCUCAAUCUUUCUUUAAUAGACACAGUAUUCUGCUUGCACCUUUCUCUGACUGUCACUGGUUGAAUUCAUACAGCUCACUGUUUUACAUAAAUUGAUGAUUUUCCAAAAGUAUUAAGAUAAGGAUAAUGUAAUAAAGUUUCACCAGAACCACUUGUUCAAGUUCGCUCUUUGAGAUUAAAUUUAUAAUUUCAUACUCGAUCUGUUUCUAAGGGAGUGAGGGAGAAGUGGAGUCUCCGGUUCUAGGUUAUAUUAUUUAACAUUUAUAUUGCAAUAAUAUAUCAAAAGAAAAGACUUAAUCCAUUAUUAAGAGUUUAUUAUUGAAUUUUAGUAGUUUAAAUAUCAUAGCCCUGGCUUUAGCAUUUUCCUACCAUUUUUACAUAGUGCAGUGAAUAUCUCCAUAAUAAAUGGAGGAAGGUUUGAUUCUAACCUGAGGUGGCCUGUGGGAGCGCUUGCUGAAGAAAAGAAAUAUUUUUACCUUCUACCUUUCUAAUGCCUGGAAUAUGAGAAUUAUUGUUCUUGACAUGUUUUCCAGAUUCCCUCAGUUUUUCCUCAUACUUUUUUCAAUUUUAUUUCAGGGAAGAUUCACUUUUAAUCUCCUUUGUUUCAAUAGCAGCUCAUUUUCUAAGAAAAACCUGGAUUCCGUGUCCUACAGAUACCAUGUGACCUCUCAAAAGGCUGGCUGGUUGCUCUUCAGCAAGGCUCUCUCCUUUGAUCAGCGCUUCAGUCACUUGGUGGUGAUGUCUGUAGAUGUAGGUGGAAGAGAGAGAGAGUAUGGCAAACGUCUCUCCCUUUUGUCAUGUCCUUUCUUCCCUCUUGGCUUUGCCCCCACCACUUCAGAGUCAGACUGAUGAGGACAUUCUCUGUGUCAAAGAAGAAGGAAUAUCAGUCCUUUAUAAUCCUUAUUACACAGUGUGUGACCUUUACAAUGUUAUCGCCAAUGAAAACUAUCCAUCUUUGGAGUUUCUACUUCAGGUCACGAUAUCUGAGACAGCAGAAAAAUUUCUGUUUAAUCCCUUUGAUUUAACAAAGGUUUAACCUCACAAAGAUUAUUCUCUAAUUGCUAUGGACAAACUCAUCUUAAACAGGAAUGCUGCCGAUUAUUUUGCUAAGGUAGAACAGCUGGCCUUUGACCAAGCAUCGUGCCAUCAGGUAUUGAACCUCUCUCUGAUAAAAUACCAUAGGUAAGUCUGGGGACUCUUCAUAUUGCUCAGACACAGAUCCAUAUCAGUCUGCCUUAUUUUAUAUAUAAAGGUGGCUGUUCAUAUCACUCUGGUCUUGCUCAUCACUCCUUCAUGGCCUUUCUCUUUACAGAACUGUAUAGACCACUGUAGGGGCAGAUCCUCUACUGGGGUAAAUAAUUACAUAUGCAUUUUAUGACACUCUCGCUAUCACAUACCUCAUUGCAACCACAGAUCAAUUAUUAGAUGUUGUAGAGCCCAACCCUUCACUAUGAUGUUAGUGGCAAAGCUUUAAUUGAUGGCAUGUGUGCAAAAUCAAAUGCCAUUCUUCCUAAUUGGGCCCCAAAUCUUUUAGGACUCGAAAUAGAUCCAGUAAAAGUUAUUUUAAGACACUACCAGACUUACUAACAAUAAUGUGCAUGGGGUAAUAUUUAUAUAGUAGGCUAUUUCAGAUAGAAAUAUGAGAUUCUUUCAAUCCUUCGUAAAUGGUUAUACACGCUCUCACAUAUGAGUACAGCUUCACAUUGUACACUUCUUGUACUAAGUACACAAGUAUGACUUCCUUUCUCCUAAACCAUCAUUCUGAGCUUCUUCUACUUUUUGCUGAUACUUCCAUUUUAUAACUUACACCAAUCAGUCUGUACUCCACAUCCUUAAAACUAUAAUGACAGGAUUUUGAGACUCAUAUUGCUCUCUAAGUUUCAGUGGUAGAAAAUUGGUCCAAUUAAGUACAGAGCUGUGAUAUGCUCUGUUGAAACAUAUUGCAGGGAAGGUUUUAAGUGACAGUGAGUUUUGAGAUUAGCUCAGUCUAUAGUGUAUAGUUCAGAUGACCAUUGCAUAGUCUACAAAAAGUCUUUUCAUUUUAAAACCAAGAUUUUUUUAUAUCUUUUUCUUUAUUGAUAGAUCCUUGAUUUGUUAACUUCUUCACGUCAACUUCAGUCCCACAAGGAAGCAAACUCAGUUUCUUGUACUGUGCAAGAUGCAUUUGGUGCUACUGUGUCCACUCCAAAACCCCCUUUACAAAUAUAGGCUAAAAUGUUUAACCUAAAGUUCAGCCCCAUAAUACUUAAUUAGGUAUUGAAAUAAAAGGGAUCAGAAGUGCUGGACACCCACAAAUACUGUUAAAUUCAGUGGAAGUUGUUUUUGUUUAAGAGCCUAAAUAUGGAUUUAGGAGCCUAACUUUGAGCACCCUCAUAUGAAAACAUCAAUGUGGAAAUGUGAAUUAAAAAAAGGAUAUAUGUAUUGUAAAGACUGAGAACAUGAAGUUCAGGAUAUAUGGGCAUUUUGUAUCUGUUUGAAUGACUGUUUGUAUCUAUGUGGGGAUUAAAGAAUAUUAAAUAUCA